AUGGAAUCGAAAAAGAGUGGAGAAGUAGUAGCCAUUAGUACCGGCGAAAAGGCGAAUUACAGUGCCAAAGGAAAGGCUGCUGAAGGUGCUCCUCCUGCUGCUGCUGCUGCAGUCACCGCAAAAGCUACAAAAAUCAGGACUAUGGGAGGAGGAUGGAAAAAGGGUCUGGCGAUCAUAGACAUUGUGCUGCGGUUUGGUGCCGGUUCAGCUGCUGUUGCUGCGGCUUACACUGCAGGGAAUACUGAACAGAUUCUUCCUUUCUUCACACAGUUCUUCCAGUUCCAUGCUGAGUAUAAUGAUCUUCCAACUUUCACGUUUUUUGUUGUUGCAAAUGCAGUAGCUGUGGGAUACAUAGCGUUCUCCUUGCCCUUCUCUAUAAUCUGCAUUAUUCGACCUCAUGCAAUAGGGCCAAGGCUACUACUCGUUAUCCUUGACACGGUGAUGGUUGCUCUAAUCAUAGCUGCCGAUGGCGCUUCAUCUGCAAUUGUGUACUUGGCGCAUAACGGGAACAUGAACGCAAACUGGCUUGCUAUUUGCAGGCAAUACAACGACUUCUGCCAGGCACUCAGUGGAGCUCUUGUGUCUUCAUUUGUCGCAGCAGUCUUUUUUAUGUUUCUGGUUGUGAAUUCUACUUUCGCUCUUAAAAGAAAAUGA